GCCAUUUCGCCAACAGCCUGUUCGAGGCUUCCUAAGGUAUUCGAGAUCAUUACAGACGGGACCAGCGACCUGCGUCCGCUCGACUCCUUUAUCUCGAUACCGAGAUCCUCCCCCGAUUUCUCUCGUCUGCUUGCCGCCCCAAUGCACGCUUAUUUCUAAAAAUGGACUCGGAAGACGGGGAGUUGUUCGUUAAGCAACUAGCCAGCUUCGUGCGUACGCACGAAAAGGCUCUUGCCAACGCUUUGCAAUUCCGACGACAGUCCAUUUCCCGCCAUGGCCCAUCCCAGAGCGCCGGCGCAGUCGUUGUUCCGCAGUAUCCGACUCUCCCGGAACGCCCUUCGACGUCUGCCUCCACCUCGAGCGGUCUCAUUGCAGCUCUAUCCUUCGGAUCCCUCAGCUUCACUUCCCAAAGUCUGAGGUCCACGACACUCUCGCUAACUCCCCAUCACCUAUUUUAUCUCCUCUCUCGAUUUGAGGAACUUGCUAUUCCCGUGGGCCCCAUGAAAAUCCGCCUCGAAAAUCUGCACGAUACCUCGACCUCGGCGAAUUAUGUUUCCUUCCUCGGCAAUACCCAGCGAUCGAAGAGCCGCGGCUCCGAUGUCGUCUCUAUACAUUCAGUUUCCAGCGUUAGGAGUGUCAUGUCUGGCAUGUCUGCUUUCUGGGCCGGUCUGGGCAUUGGCGCCAGUAUAUCGGCUGCUCGCACCGAGAGACAAAAGGCUCAGGUCUUGGCAGACCUGAAAUAUCUCUACUCUGCCUUCACCAAAAUUCCUUGUCUGAAGCUGUCUCCAGACUGGCGUGCACGUCUGAUCCGCGGUUACGAAGAAUUUCCCUUCGACUCUGCCGUCCCCUUGUACAUCUUCAAAAAUGUCCAGGCUCUCGAGGUUAACAGCAUUGACUUCCGGCAAUUCUUUGGCUGGGAUCGACUCGCGGAACAACUUCGGUCGUUGACGUUGAAGCGAGCGGGUGUUGAUGACCCUGCCGAUAUUCUCAUAGACAUUGUACUGGACGACAUGGACAAAAGGCGGAAGCGAACGUCCAAGUCUCAGUCCUCCCCGACAACCCCCCGACCGACCAAUGCGAGCCCGCGAAGAGACUCGAUGGUGGUACCGCACACGGAUGCCCAGAGAGCUACAUCUUGUCCCGGUUCCCCGAAUGCCCAAGGUGCCGACGACAUACCUGUCGGCUCGGCUACCCCAAGCGACCAUGCGCCGGACUUCCCGUCAGUCAUGGGCCGCCGCGCAUCAAUGGUCCGGGCUGACCCGGACGAGCUCAGGUCGCCCAUUCGGUCGUCACGGCCAAGAAGCAAUUCGCCCACCCGGCCACUUGCUUCACGGAGCACGUCGACGAAUGUGCGAGGAGGCCACAAAUUCCAGCGAUCAGGCUCGGGUAGCUCGCACUCGAGUCUGUCGGACUCGUUGUACCAUAGCCGGCCUCUGAGUUCCUCGAAUCUCCUUACCAUGCGUACUCUGCCCGCGUCUAAGUGGCGGUUCUUGAAGCAUCUGAGCUUGGCGGACAACUCCAUGACAUCUAUCCCGGCGUCGAGCUUAGCCCCGUUGGCUGAAACCCUGCAGUCCCUCGAUCUAUCGACCAACUUGUUCGAUCAGAUCCCUGACAGCCUCGCUACACUUACUGCACUACGCUCCCUCAAUCUCUCCAACUGCAUGAUCGAGUCUCUGAAUUCUCUGACCCGAAACCCUCUUCCCGCCAUCACUGCAAUUAAUCUCCGUGGAAAUCGUCUGCAGUCCAUUGCUGGCAUCGAGAAGUUGUUUCCUCUUGAGAGACUGGAUCUACGCGAUAACCGGAUCACGGAUCCCAUGGAACUUGCUCGGUUGACCGGUAUCCCAGAGCUCCGAGAAAUCUGGGUUGAAGGGAACCCGUUUUGUCGCACACAUCGUGAUUACCGGACCACUAUCUUCAACCUCUUCCGCAAAACCCCCGGAUAUACAGUAGACAUCAUCAUCGACAAGACCGGCCCUAGCCACGCGGAGCGAAGAUAUUUGGUAGAAAGGGUGCCCAUACCUGCCGCGGUACCAGUCGUCAAGCCUGCCUCCGACACUGUUCCCGCCGUGGAUGUCAGCAAGCCCGCCAUCAUCUAUGAUGCUCCCAGGGAAUCCUCUGUACUGCGAAAGGAACGCCCGAGUCCGAGAGCUGUUACCAGCGAAGUGCAUACUAGCUCUACCCGUCGUCGCAAGCCGCAGAAGAGGCGGAUUGUAGAUCUUGCCACACCGGAAGCCAUCCCCCCUGCCUCCACAGGGGCGCCUGCAGCGGUUACUCCGCCCAAGCCGAAGAAUUCCUCAGCUGCCGUCAUUAAUGGUUUUACGACCCCAUCGAAAGACUCAAGCGGUUAUCAAUUCAGCCAACCGCCCAAGGACCAGCUCCUCCCCCCUGCUGUUCUUUCCGAAACUCGCAGGACAACUUCACAGCCCGAAGUACCACGGAUUGAUACUAGCAUUAUCCCCACGAUCCCUCCCAUGUACGCCUCUGGGACUUCCAUGGACUGGAAAGAUUCUCAGGAUUGGGACAUCAGCGGUGAGAUGUAUCGCCGCAAAAUCGAGGCGCUCCGUGAUCAGGUCGGUAACGGCUACCUUAGUGUUCUCAGCGAGGAAAGCUGGGAGACCUCCCGUCUGCCCAACUACACCGCCCCUACCAUGAACGCACCACCUCCACCUAUCCACAGCGGUCGCACCCUUGGCAACUCUUGCACUUGAUACCCAUCCUCAUGAUUUUUUUCAUGAUACCCCACUCAGCAUUACUUGAACUUUUGCAGCAUGGUUGCAUUUCUUUUCCUCUUCUUUCGCCUGAGGCGAUGUCACUCGUGCCAACCGCCUCUCUUCAAAUUACCCUUUUGU